AUGAAAGUGCGCUCGUCUGUUUUUGCCUCGUUCAUUUUAAUAUCUGAAGUGAUUGGCAUUGCUCUCUUCCUUCGGGGAUUUUUUCCUGUACCUGUCAAGUCUUCUCUUUCAGCCAAGAACAGGCUGUCAGAUCUUCCAGCGGAGCCGCUGACAGGAGGCUCUGUCAACUCCUCUCGCCUCCCUCAACCCCUCUUUAAAAGGGUGGUUAUAAUGUUAGUGGAUGCCCUCCGGGAGGACUUUGUGUUCGGACCCAAUGGUCGCAUGUAUAUGCCUUACACCAGACAUGUGGUUGAGAGAGGCUCGUCCAACAGCUUUGUGGCCAAGGCAAGACCUCCGACUGUCACCAUGCCCAGGAUCAAGGCUCUUACCACUGGCAGCAUCCCAGGCUUCAUUGAUGUGGUAAUGAACCUGAAUUCUCCUGCACUGCUGGAAGACAACCUCAUUUGGCAGGCCAAAACAGCAGGGAAGAGGAUCAUCUUCUACGGAGAUGACACCUGGGUGCGUCUCUUCCCCAAACACUUCAUGGAGUACGAUGGCACAACCUCCUUCUUUGUAUCCGACUACACAGAGGUUGAUAACAAUGUGACCCGCCACUUGGAUAGCACCCUGAAGAGAGAUGACUGGGACAUUUUGAUCCUUCACUACCUUGGCCUCGACCACAUUGGUCACAUCAGUGGACCCCACAGUUCCCUCAUCCAGCCCAAACUCCUGGAGAUGGAUGACAUCCUUAAGAAGAUUCACAGCGCCCUCAUUUCAAAGGAGGCAGAGGGAUCCUUGCCCUACCUGCUGGUGCUGUGUGGAGACCACGGCAUGUCGGAGACCGGCAGCCACGGAGGCUCCUCAGAGCCAGAAGUCAAUACGCCCCUGGUGCUCAUAAGUCCAGCCUUCAAAAGAAAAGUGGGGAUGGAGAAGCCUGGAAUUGUAGAGCAGGUCGACUUAACCCCGACCCUGGCCCUGGGACUUGGCCUGCCCAUAUCUCAAAACAGCGUGGGCCGCCUCAUCCCCGGUGUCUUGGACGAAACCUCACUACGAGAUCAGCUGCGCUUCCUGCAUCUAAAUGGCCACCAGCUCAGCUGCCUGCUCAAAGACAGCAUGCCCGAGUACGAGAAAGAGGCAGGCUUUGAGCAGUUCCGUGUGGCAGAAAAGGCUCAUGGGAGCUGGAUGAAGCUCUACCUGGAGGGCAACACUUCUGAGGUGCUGACCAACAUGGGCAAAAAGGUCCUGAAGCAGUAUCUGGAGGCUCUUGCUGCCAUGAGCUCAGCCCUCAGCAAACAGCUGGGCAAGUACGACUUGUACUCCAUGAUUGCAGGCAUGGUGUUUGUGUUUCAGCUCCUGUUGGUCUUACUGCUGGCUAUGCCUGAAGCCCUGAGUGGUGAAGCAGCAGUGGACCUCCCUGUUCUCUCAGUCCUGCUCUCCCUGCCUUUCUACCUCUUGUGCCUGCUGCUCGCCUCAGUGCACGUCUUGGUGUGCACAUCUGCCGAGAGCUCCUGUUACUUCUGCAGCCUCUCCUGGGGUCUCGUGUUUGCUGCUGUUGCCUUCUCCUCUGCAAUGUUUUGUAUUCUGGUCUCUAUGGCAGCACGCCAACUCCCCCUGGGCCCCAAGAUUCACGGGAAGUCUCCAGUGAAGAGCAGCGGCAGUGAGUGGUCACUAUCAGAGCUGGAUGUUUUGCUGCUGGCCGGCACGGUCGGACACACUCUCAGCUUGGCGGCUAGCAGCUUCAUAGAGGAAGAGCACCAAACCUGGUACUUUCUGCUCAACACUCUCUGCCUCGCCGUCUUCCAGGAUGUCUGCCGCAAGUACUUCAGAGAGCAGAGAGGUUCUGGAGAUGAAGAAGAUCAUAUCCUCCCUUCCAAAGACUACCACUCUGCUCACCCUAAAGCAGAGAUUUGCUCAGAGAAGUGGUUAGCGUUAGCCACACCGCCCUUCACUCUACUGUGCUGCCGAUUGCUGCGCUCCCUCAACCAGACCGGGGUGCAGUGGGCUCAUCUGCCUGAUGUUGGACAUUGGCUUAACAGUUCUGAACACAGGACAGUUCUCUCCCUGCUUGCCGCCUUCUGUCUGGUGCUUAUCUACCUCCUGGUUCAAAGACGGUGCUCCUGGGUUUCCAAGGUUGCCCUCGCCCUCGGACUUUUGGGUGUCUACAGCUACCGGGCAGCUGUCGGUAAUGUCCUGUUUCCCUGGCAACGCUCCAGUCGAGCUACAUCCAAGGGAACAGUGGAGGCGCGCUUUGUUUAUGUCUUCGUUUUGGGCAUCCUCUUCACGGGCUCCAAGGACUUGCUGCGGUCCCAGAUCAUCACAGCAGAUGCCAAGUUGAAAAGCAGGGGAUUAUGGGAGAUUUACAGUGGCUUGGUUUUGUUGGUUUCUCUGUUGUUUCGUGCUCACAACCUGCCAGUCCUCUGCUGCUGCCUGUUGAUCCAGACGCUCAUGGCUCAGUUCAUCUGGAAGAGGCUUCACUAUGACGCAGCCCAAACCACCAUCAUGCAUUACUGGUUCGGUCAGGCUUUCUUCUUCUUUCAGGGCAAUUCCAACAACAUUGCCACCGUCGACAUUUCUGUCGGGUUCGUUGGACUGGAAAGUUACGUAGAAGCACCUGCCGUCUUCUUAACAGCCCUCAGCACUUAUGCGGGGCCCCUGCUCUGGGCGUGUCACCUUGUCUGCUACCUCAGCUCAGAGAGAGACAGGAGCCCGGUUGCAGUGGGCCAUGGCUGCUACUGUUUGGCCCUGCUGCGGUCUGUGCCAGCCGCAGCUUACAUUGUGCUGGUAACUGUUCUGCGAUACCAUCUCUUCAUAUGGAGUGUCUUUUCACCCAAGCUACUGUACGAGUCCAUGCACCUGCUGCUGACUGCAGGAGUCUGUCUCAUCUUCAACACAAUGGAGCAAAGCCACAGUCCCAGUAAGUCUUAGGGAGCCAAAGACAAACAAGUUCCCUGACGUCACACACUCGGACACAGUCGGACACAGUCUCUUUAUAGUGUGUGUGAGACGUUCAGAAUGACACACACAAUAAUAUGCUUCCCCUCACUCUGUAGUAUACUGAUCCCUUUACAAUAUGUGAAGAGAUGCUUCAGUCAUGGUCCUUCUUCUGGAUGUUUGCUUUGCAAAAAAAAUACAUUGAGAAUACACUCAUAAUGUAUUUGUGAGCAGCUUAUUUAAAUAUUUCCCUCUUUCCAAGGAGUCAUUGUUUCCAUAUGAAUAAAAGUGGGAUGACUUAAAAAAGCUUUUUGAAAGAAAACCUUUUUUUAAAAAAUAUAUAUAGGUAUAUUACCUCAGGGACAGGUGUACAGUUUUUCGCUGCAUGUUUAAUUGAAUGACUUUGAUGUGUAGUGUGGAGAACAACAUGUGUUAAUGUUGAAUAGAAUGUCAACAUGUGAUGUUUGGGAGCUGAACUCCAUUGAUUACAGCCUGCACUCUCAGAGGUGUUUUCAGUCAUUUGGCUGAUUACAACUUCAAAGCUGCAGCUGGGCAGUAACGUUGUCACCAGAGGAAAAAAAAACACAGGUGUUACUGAUGAAAUUAAUGAUGGCUGAGUUCCAUUUAGCUGCAACAGUUUUAGGGUCCGGAUAUAAGAGCCAAAGUCACUGCUCUUCUGGUAGACCUCAUGAAACCCUAUUUCGAAAAACAUUGUACAGUAGUCGACGGGCAGAGAAAUACAUUUUUGAUCCGUUUUGAGUUUUAUCAUGAAUCUCACAUAUGAUGGUUAACAAUUAAAAGGGUACAUUUUCAGGUCAAUGAAAUUGCUGUUUGUUGUAAUGAUUGUAAAAUAUAAUUUAGUUUUGUGUUCCCUGUCAGUGAAUUACACACACCAACAUAGCCACAGCCUCAGCAUCGAACAACUAAUUAUAAAGGUGAAAAUCACAGUAAACCUGCCCAGAUUGACAAGUGCAGUUAUGUGAAAGGAGAGUUGGACAGUUCUGUUAGCAGCUUUGCAAUGUUUAGGUUACGGGUUUUGAGGACGAUGUCAAUGACAGCUGAUCAAACUGCAACUUUCUUCACUUAGAAAUUAUCUUUUUGAAUUGUCAGACAUCAUGUGUGAUUGAUGGCAAAGUCAAACAAGAUCAAAAAUUUAUUUGUCCCUCCCCGUUGACUACUGUACCUUGUUUUUUUUUUCAAAAUAAGGUCCCAUUAGGGCCACCGGAAGGGGCAUGACAUCAGCUCUCUACUGCACGCGCUGUCUUACUGUCCCACCAUCGUGCGUGUGAGCAACACUUGUGUUUUCCCUGCUCUGGCUGGUCAAUCUGUCUGCUGUGAAGAAAGGUCUAAGCACUAAUUAUUAGGGUUUAUGUUGUCCUGGCCUAACGGGUUCAACAGAUGUAGACCUCAAUCAAGAACAGUCUGCCGCUGCCCACUCUGAGCAGAGAUCUACUCAGGCAGCAGUGGAAACACCUAUGUGGGUGUAAAAUGGAGACCCAUGGGUUUAAAUGUGGGCUUUUUAAAGACAUGUUUCUCCUCAGAACAUUUUCAAUAUGCUGGUAAAAUAUUGUUAUUUUCUUCCUGUUCUUUUUCACUCGAAACCCUCCAUUUACCGGGGACACUUUGAAAAUGACUCAGACUGCUUCAGAUAUCUUUCUGGGUACAAACACAUGCUCCAUUCUAAAUCGCAUACCUUUUCUUUUUACCUUUUAGUACAUAUUGCAGCUUCCCUUAAAAAGUGCAUACUGUUGCAUGCAGUAUACAUCUCAAACGUUGACCCUCUUGCUCGCUAAAAAUAUAUAGUAUUACACUUUAAUUGACCAUUUUCACAUGGCGGGCAUUUUCCUCUCCAUAGCGCUCAGGGUGGGAAGAUCGAAUGUUGGGAUGAAGUUGUGCUGUGUUUCACAUUGCAAGUCGUAUAAAUGUAGGGAACCUGACAAAUUCUUAUCAUGUCAGUGCUUCCCAAUUUAUCAGCAGCUGGGAAGAUCUGAUGGAACAAUGGACCAUAUUUAAAGAUAAAAGAACAUUAAAAAAAAAAAAAAAAAAAAAAACAGCAGCUAAGAUUAGCAUUCAACCAAUUUCUAGCUAACAUUAAUGUCUGAUUACUUCCAGUGAUUUUUACUUAAAGGUCUAAAGAAAUGUCCCCCUUCCUAUUGUAUGAUAUAACACUAUCAGACUCUGAUCUGGGAAGAGGUUGAAUGCUAACGUUAGCUGUUAGUUGUUAGCUGUUGUCUAACAGAAGCUAAAGGGUCAUCAACUAUAUUAUCUUACCUCAAAAAGGAUCAGUUUCCCCUCCAGAAUGUCAAAGUCCUUCAUCUUCUCAGCUUCUGAUCAGUGAAAAUAAUAACAAUUCAUCAGACCACCUGCGUUUGUAGGACAGGUAACAGUGGUUUAACAUCUGAGCUUGACACCUUCAGUGUGAUGUCAGAAAAAAAUGGCCGCCAUGUAAAUAUGGUCUGUUGCAGUUUCCAUAAUCUGUCAGUGAGCUGUCAUUUGUCUGUGCUCUCUCAGCAGCACAUUUUGUCUUGUCAAAGCAGGAAGAGCACAGGUGUGACCAGUAACAUGAACGAUGACUCCAGGAAGCCUGGUCAGUGAGGAAGCAUGCACAGCACCAGAGCCCAGGAACCAUCUCACCUAGAUACAAUGCAGCCAUAACUAAUGUUAUAAAUUUCACCUGUGCUUUCUCAGCUCUGUCAAGUCAAAAUGUCUCCAAUGAAAGGGGUCUACUGAUGUGACGUGUCUUCCACUGUGCAAAGGAUUGUGGGUCAGACUAACCAGCAAAGCACGCAGUCUUUGACACUGUAAAAUGCAACUGGCUGCAGGAGGACAUCCUGGUGUUUUUGACAUACUGCAUUUAAGAUACUAUGUUUGAAAACGUACUAAAUCUAUUGAUGGCAUAGUAAUAGUUUGACAGUAUGACUAUUGGGUAUAACCAGAUAUUUUCUACUGAUAUUAAGGUGAAUUGGUUAAAAGGUUCAGGUUGUGGCAAUCUGUGUAUAUGCAGUUAAAACAAUGGGCCUUUUUUUCAUAGUCCAGUUAGAUGCAUGACAACAUUAUAAAUAUGGUAAUGACUACAUUUAUUCAUGUAAUUUUAUUGAUUCCCAUGUAAUUAAAGUGAGAACUACAGCAACCUGUGACAUCUAACCAGAGUUUGGACCAGCUUGUCAGUUCACAGCUCAAUCAGACAUCCAGUACACAGCCAGCCACAAAAUAAAGGGAAAAAACCAUGGUGUAUUUCAUUUUUAGUUAUUUUCUCCAACCUUAACUGAGCCUUUAUUAAUUCAGUAGCAAUUUCAGUGUCUUGGCAAGAAUUUCUACUGCAUGUAAUGUCAACUGGAGGUCUGCAGUGCAUCAACACCACCAGACACACUGUUCUUUUCUUACACUCAACCCUGUUUAUUUCAGUGUAUCGCAAUAAGGGGUUAGCUUUAGUUAUGUUAGGCUGUGUAGGAAUGACUUCAUGAAACUGGCAUGCAGUGGCACCCUGGUAGCACACCUGGUGGAGCACGCACCAUGUAUCAAGGCUGAGUUCUUGCUGCAGCAGCCGGGGUUUGGUUUCAGCCCGAGGCCCUUUCCUCGUGUCUCUAUCUCCUGUCUUUCCUGUCUCUCUCCAGCUGUCAUGAUCACAAAUAAUAAAAAGUAAACAGGUAAAAAGUAAGUAAGUACAAAAGUCAGUAAUUUAGGUAACAGACCUGUGUGAAAUAAAUUCAGUUGCAUUUUUGCUAUUCUAGGGGAACUAUGUAGUUUUGGAGAAACCAUAAACUAAAAUCAUAUGAAACUAUGUUGUUCUUUAAGGUCAGUUUGCUCAGUCAUAAAAACAGAGAGUUUGUUUGGGCAUUUUUUUUUUAAAUUUAUUUUUGAGUCACAGAUCUGUCUCUUUUGAUUGAAAUGUCUUCCAAAAAAUUACACAGUCCUCCAAUAAUCCUACCGAGGCAGGAUGUGAAAGGUGACUGGUGAAAAACACAAAUACUGAACUUCAAGAAUUCUUUUUUAAGAAUUUAACUGCACUUCCUCAGUGUUUUCUUUAUUUGCCACAUUGUUCAGUAGGAGAUAAAGUCAGGAAUAAAAUGCCAACAUCUGUUGCAGUGGGAUGACCUUAAAGUUCUGCUGCAGGAACAUAAUCCCUGUUUUACUUGCUCUCCUUAUCCACCUGAAUCCUCUUGUAUAUACACUGUGUAAGUCAUAUAAUCUCCAGGGGCUGGCAGUACACUGCAGACUUCUUUAACUUGUACUCAAUAUGCUCUUGCACUAUCACUGGAAAUACAACCAAAGUAAAGUUGGCUAUCCUCCAAAUCAAUAAAAGUGUGGAGCCAAAAGAGCAAACAGUGUAUUCCUGUCCGACACUUUACUGUUAUAGUUUCUGGACUCCGUUUUUAAGGGUAAAAUCAGAAGAGUCUCAUAAAACGUCCAGUCCUAUGUUUGCUCAUGUAAUUUGCAUCAUUAAAGUGUUCCUUCCUGCAGUACAGUAUGCUGUGCUACAGUGUUUUGUUACUGUGGUGCAUUAGAAACUGAAAGCGAGGACUUCCAUCCCUGCAGUUAUUUUGUUGAGUAAUGUGCUUCUGUGAUGUCAAUGAACAGCUGUGACUACUUCAAAGCUCCUUCCUGAUUACAACCUGGCAGUUCUUACAUCAUUACCCUUUGAGAUUUUUCCAGAAAAAGGGCAAGUUGAAAGAUUCAGUGUUUAAGCUACAGUGUGCAACUUUUCACCCCGGGGCAAAAAAAAGUGAAUCGCAAGCUCCCUCCCCAACACUUGUCACUCACCUUGAUGAGCUGUCUGCCCCGAAACAGCACCUCGCCCGAGGCUAAGAUCACUGACAUCCCCCAAGCUGCCACAGGCGUCGGAGAAGCAGAUGCCAAACUGAGAAAUGGGAGGAGAACAAAAAAAGAGAAAAAAAAAAAACUAAAGAAAAGAGGCGGCACUGAUGUUCUGUGUGUUUUUCUGAAGAGAUUUUCUCUGAUGCAAGACGAGCUCCACACUUUGUUUUGCUGCUGUUGUGGUUGUUUGCCGCGGCUCACCUUGACAGGGACAACCUCAGCGCCGGCACGGAAAAUGGAAUUUUAAAUGUUCCGAGCAUCAUUGAAAAGUCAGACAAACAAGCGGAUUUACAUCUGAAUACACAGGGUCAGUGACACCGACACACGCUGCAUAUGGAUCACCGAGGUGAGCCGGUCUGCAUCAGAAGCAGGACACAUUUAGCUCUGAGGUGACUGAGCUCAAAGCCGAAGUGACCGUUUUCUAAAUUGACAGCAAACUGUUGUGGAGUGCCUUCUCCUCUCGUUAGUUAUGUACAAAACUGUCAAAGUCUGAUGGAAAUUGUUUAUGAACCGGAUAAUAAUCUACAUCACUCAUGUGGAUUAUCUGUCAGUAUGCUUCACAUCACUGUGCUUGUCAUAACAGGUUCGCAAAUUGAUGUCUUUAACCAACAAAAUGGCGUCAUGUAAACCCACAGUGUGUCCGUUAGCAGAUACAACAUUAAGCCUAUGAUAAAUUGUAUGUUGGUGCAAAUUUAUUUAUUUUGUUUUUUUUGUAAAUAUUACAUAAGUUUCUCCUCUUGUUGUGAUUUUUGAAGGCACAUUAGGAUAAUUUAAAAACGAACAGCGAUCCAUUCUCUCAGUCGGAGAUGGAUUUUCUGUUCCGAGCGAUGGAGAUGAAUGUUGUUGUUGUGAAGUACUUUUUAUAGUGCUGAGGAUCAAUUAUGUUUGACAGAGAAGAGUCCCUCUGCAUCACAUCACUUUUUUUUUUGCACUAAGAUGAAAACCUACGACACCACUUUAGUUCGGUGGAGUCAGAGACUGUACUUUGGGACGCAGAGUUUGAUAACAUCAUUACAGAAGUCAUUUUUCUUGGUGUUGGCAGCGGAGUUUGCCGCCAGCAGCCAGCAAUGUGAUUUCGGUUGAUGAAUUUAGUGUUUUUAUAAGGGAUAUUUUUCUGUUUGCUUUUUUUUUGUGUGUGUUUGUCCAGGUAUACUGUGGUUACUGGUGAACUCAUAAGAAAAAAAGAAAACUUAUUCAAAAUGACCUGCAAGACAAUAAAGGGUAACUCCACAUUCAACAGUGUGUACGUGGGGGGG